AGAGUGAGAGAGCGAGAGAGAGUUCAGUCGUUUCGUGGCUGCCGAGUUGACCGGGCGUGUCGUAUCAGAGUUCUCCUUCUCAACAAGCAUUUCGCGCCGGUUUUCCGUAUUUCACCUUUUUUUUUCCCCCUUAUCAUCGUUCUCUACUUAUCGUCUACAAAUCUUUUUCCACGUUUCGCCAAACUUUCUGAAUGAAAAUUACCGGAAGAAUGGAUUGUACGACGUUCGCGAAGAUUCUCUCGUUUCUAACGCUGAUACAGUUUGUCAUGUGCGGAAUAGCACCAGACCCGACGACCUUCUUUCCAGAUAUCAAAGGUAAUCUGACCAAGAUCGUCUGGGCUCAUGCAGUCAACAGCAAAGCAAACCUUACAAAGGCACUGACCGCAGACGACAUCAUGAUGCUCGAAGCCGACGUGGUAUUAGGCCACCUGACCAAUUCCACAAAUACCAAUAUUACUAUACCGAUAAUGGCUCAUCCACCGGAAACGGAAAGUGAUCUAUCUCUGGAAGAAUUCCUCACGAGUGUUCUUCAUAAUGGUACCAAGGGUAUAAAACUAGAUUUCAAGAGUAUCGAAGCAUUCGAUGGCAGCAAGUCAAUCCUUGCAGAUAAACGAAAAGAGUUCAUCGUUCCUUUGUUCUUAAAUGCCGACAUUCUACCUGGACCAGUCGAUGCUAAAACAACUCCGGUCGAUCCUACGUCAUUCUUGGACAGUGCAAUCAAAACUUUUCCAGAUAGCGUCUUAUCCGUUGGUUGGACAACCAGAUACGGGUCAGAGUCCCACAUAACCGAAGGCCAGUAUACGGAGGAACAAAUACAGAAAAUGGUAGACACAUUAACAAAGAAUAAAGUUGCUCAGUCGGUAACUUAUCCAGUGAGAGCGGGUCUAGCUGCUAAUGACAUUAACGUCAUGAAAACGUUGAUAGAUCGCAGCUCAAGCUUUAGCAAUGCGACUUUGACCAUUUGGUCAAGCCAAGGCGAUAAAGUUGACACGAAUAAACUGACCGAAUUGAUAAAAACAAUUGGCAUUGAUAAGGUCUACGUCGACGUUCCCGAAGAUGUUUGGAGCAAGCUCGACUUAUCCAAUGGUUCCGCGACCUUUAACACCGCUAUGAUGACCAUGAUGACGCUUAUUUCAUUCCUCUUCGCCAGGAUGCUGUGAAGCGAUUUAUGCGACGAUCAAUCGCGAUUCUUAGAAAGAAUACAAUUUAACAAGAAGCGAGCAUCUUCGUCCAUUUUGGACUAAUUCAAAAAAAAAAGAAAAAAAAGAAAUAAUGAAUGCUUUAGAUCUCGCUUCUUCGCUUUCCGUCGAUCAAUUUACGAGAUCGUUCAUCGAAGUAACUUCGUCACUUCUAUUCCCAUUUUUUUAAACGCGAGAUCACACUCAAUCCUUUUCUCAAUCUCAGAUUCUUCGUAUUAUCCUUCAUCGUCAUUUUAUUCUUUAUUUUUAUUUUUACGUACGCCCAUAAAAGAAAAAAAUAAAUAACAAAUAUAAUAUACACGAAUGAUUUUCGAAGAAAAUCUUACGAAUAUGUGUCGUAAAUCAAUUAACAAAAUGAGAUCAACCACACUUAAAACACAUAACCGCGCACAUACAUACAUACACAUACACAUACGUACGUAACACAAUUCCUUUCGCUUAUAAAUAUUAAUAAUAAUCGAUUAGUAGGGAUAACUCACUCAUAGGACUAGAUGCACAAUUUUAUCGCGAGUAUACCGUUUUAUACAUUUAACAAAUGAAAUUCAUUUUCGAAUCGAUUAAAAUUCUCGUCGUACGAUUAAUAAAAAUCGCAUGCCUAAAUUAUUUUCCGAUAUUAUCGGGAACGGUUUAAUGAUGUUAUUUCAAAAUUGUAAUUCCAAUUAAAAUUAUAACCGUAAGAAUUGCAAUCUAAUUUUUAUUAUGCCGAUUAAGGAAAUAACGUGCUUUAACUCUAGAUAAUUUCAUUUUUAAUAUGACACAAUAUGUAAACAAUAUAUUGAGAAAGUUUCUCAUAAGUUAAAUUAACAUUGCCUAUUAUCAUGUUCGUUUAUUAAACGUAUCAUAAUUUUCUCUCGCAAGAUUACGCUAAUAGUAAGAUAAGAAAUUAUACUUCUUUCUAGUACGUAGGAAUUAUUUGGACUAAUUUUAACAUUGAGCUCAUUAUUCGAAAGAAAGAUUAUUGAAUUUUUCGUUUCUGUUAGUGUAAACGCUCAAAUUUAGUACUUUAAUCAAUUGAUCUUAAAACAUCUUUGAUAUUCUGUAUCUAUAAUAAACAUAUCUCUAAAAUUCAAUGUCCUAGGUGCAAAUAAACUGGUAUUAGGAAUUUAUGUAAACUAAAUAUUUAACAAUAAGCCAAAGGAUAUAAUAAUAUUUAAAUGUAUAAAUACGGUGCCAGAGCACUGCGUUUGUUAACGAAACAAUAAAAUCAUUUACAAUCCUACGAAGAAAA